AUGCUCCGUCGAAUAGUCUCGCUAGGCCAGCAGGUCUCCGAGGGUGAAGACGAUUUCAUGUCUCCCCCGUCCAACGAUGCCGGCCGACCAUCCGAGUCUAAGGUGCCGGGUGGUUUAGCCGGCGUCUUCAAAGGCCUAACCGGGCCCAAGUUAACAAAAGCACCAGCGCUGAGCUCCAGCCCAUCCGCCGCCGCUACGUCAAUAUCGCCUCUUCCACUCACUGCGCCGGUAGCCGCAGCCACGCUCUCCUCUUCCUCAAUUACCUCAGCACAAUCGACUUCCGAGCCUACCGACGCCGACUCUCUCAACAGCCGCUCCGGUGUCAACCUGACAAGCUACGCUGACUGCCUUGAGCUGCUGAAAACCGGAACACCCAGUGAGCGGGUUGCCGCAGCUAAUGCGCUGCGGUCCAUCAUUACUGAGUCGCCUGUCCAGUCCAUGACCGAUGUAUGGCAUGCUGCAAACGACCUGAUCGACCCGGGCAAGGCCCAGGUUGCUCGGCAUGCCGGCUGGGAGCUGUUGCUGGCGUGUGCAAGGCUCACCUCUUCCACAAGCAUCGAGCGCCGGGAGUAUUUCCAGGCGAUUGCGGCACCAGCCGACCCGAGCGACUUCCAUUUGCAGCUCUCGGCUCUCGUCGAGCUAACGAGCAACGGUCGUAGUCUCUCUGGCUUCGACUAUGACGUCUUUCCCGUUCUCACAGAAUGGUUCCAGACAGCCUACAAGUCCAAGGCGGCCGCAAAAAAGCCACCGUCGACACGGUCGACCAACGGCAAGAGUGGCAAAGUAAAGGGCGUUCAAACGGCCGAGGAGCGGAACCUCUCCCAGCUGUUCGCCUACGCCAUCGAUGUCAUCAAGUACAGCGCCAAGAUCGCCAGCGACAGGGCCAUGGAGGGUCUGCUCGAUUCCAUCUUGGACAUAGCCAUGAACACCAGUACUGAAGAUGACCUCUCGUCCUGCAUUGCCAUCAUCAACACCUGCGUCACCGUUGGCGCCAUGCCGAGCAAGAGCCUUGAACGCUGCGUGAAGGUCUUGAGCUCCAUCUAUUGUCUGGUGCCCAAACUUCGGAAAACAGCCUGGCAGGUCCUUGCCAAUAUCUUCAAAUCGCAUCACGGCCUGCACACAAUCACCAUCCUGCUGGAGGCCCUCCGGAAAUACCCACUCGAGGGCGUCGAAGUAAAGGACGCCACGCGCGAGCUCCGCGGGGCCCUUGCUGUGUUGCAGAAGCUGGUCCGGAAAGCCGGGUCCACGGAGUAUCCGACGCUCCCAUUCACUCUCCUUGUCGACGGACUUGAAAAUGUGGUCAGCCACACACCAUCACCGCGCAUUGUUGCAUCCAUCUUGCAGCUCAUCAACCAGUUGUUUGACGCUGGCGACGGCGACCUGAACCCGCUUCUUCUCGACGAAGACUGGGCCGCUCUGCUCGGCGUAGCCACGAUCUGUGCGAAGCGAAGCAAUCCAUCUGCAACAUACGAUGGGACAGCCAACACAAAACAAUCGCUUGGUGCCGCAACUGGCCCCGAAGAGCCGUCCCAGGAUGCCGUCGAUCGCGAGGCUGCUGUUCUUACUGCACGAGUCGAGGCCCUGCUCCGUGGCCUGAACAACGAGCGUCCCGAGUAUAUGCAGCGCAACUGCUGUGUCUCCUUCCUUGCAGAUGUGCAUCACAUCCUCCCGGACUCUGGUGCUGAGCUGGUGCUCAAAUACUUUGCCGAGUUUAGCUGCUGCUUCCCAUCCGACCCACAAUGGGAUUCCAAUCUGAAGCUGGUGUUGGGGCCCUUCUACGCUAACCAAUCGCGCUCCGCCGCGGUUCGGUUGUUAGCCUUGCAAACGGCCAUCGAUGUCCACAAUGUCCUUUCGCUUGUGGAUGAGGUCGCUGGUAGCCGAGAGACAGUCGCUGACCUCGUUCGUCGCAUUCUUGCACACAUUGGAGAAGAACGUGACACAGUGCUUCUGUUCCAUGCGAUUUCUUUCGCAGUCACGACGUCCCCAUAUGUGGACGAUGCUCUCUUUCGCUCUAUUGUCGAGGCGUUUGGCUCUGUCAUUAAGAGUGACGAGCGCCGGCAGCCGCUAAAUAUGGUGUCUUCGGGAUCUACACCGGUUUCUCCCCUGAUGACCUCGGGCGAGCAUACGGGUGUGAUGGUGGACCAGAGCACCUCGAACAUUGCCACACGCGGCCUUAUCCGCAUUUUCAUGGACACAAUGAACACCGACGCCGGUAAGGCCAGCCUAGUAUUCAAGGAACUGGUCGGUAUAGCCAGAGACAAGAGCUGUCCGGUGGAUGCGCGCCUCUCGGCACUAAAAUUGCUGUUUCGCCUGCGCGCGGACUGGGCACACCGCAUUUUCCUCGUGUCCAACACCGAAUCUGAGGGUCUAGCCGCUGUGCUACUCCGGACCGAGGCGUCAUUGGAGCGCAAGAUGGCCGACGAGGUCACACAGGAGAUUCUUGCUCGACAAGCGCGAAAUGAGCCCGGAGCCCCCUUGCCGGCCGGAAGCCAGCACCCUACGAGAGUUACGCGAGGCGUCUCCUUUGGGCAAGGUGGCGGACCACAAGACAGGGUCGGUGCCCCCCACCGAACGGCAAGCAGCACCCGACAGAGAGCCUCGGCGCCACGCUACACCCAACAAUGGAGCUUACCCGACCCAGAUGCCUUGCCACAGGCGCCGAUCGCCACUGCCAGUACCGUCCUCUUCUCACACGAGUUGGAAGCAACAGUGGCCGGGAUGGGCGUGAAAGAUAAAGGAAAGGUGCCAAAAAAUAGUCACGAUGCCGCCGCUGCAGAUGGCGAGACCUCUGUUGCUCCCAACGUGCAUGAGAAUGAGAGCAACUCUGACGCGACACCGGCCAAACUGGUUCUCGAUAUGACGGCGUGGAUGGAAGUCGUCUUUGAUAUUCUCACCCAGGGCGCAAACUGGGAGCUGUACAGCUAUGCCCUCGUGCACCUGCCUUCGCAGCUCAGUAAUCAUGCAGUAUGCCGCGCCGCGGUGCCUGUCAUCCUGCGCAUCCGUACAGCCCUGUGUGACCAGAUCCAGUCGAACAACUCGCAAGAGCCACCAGCAGCAACAGGAUUGCGCCGACCAGACGCGCAGACGUGUGUGUUGCAGACGCUGACCAUGAUCCUGAGCUACCACGAGUACUUCCAGCGGCAAGAAGGUGACGAUCUGGUGCGGACGUUCAUUGCGGGGCUCACUGACAAAAACCCAAUUUCGUGUGUGCACGCCCUGUCCAUCUGUUGCUACGAACUACCCCACGCCACGAGCAAGUCUCUGGUGAGCAUCUUGCACAAGAUGUCCCAAAUCAUCACUCGGCCAGGUGUGGCUGUGCACAUCUUGGAGCUGCUUGCCUGUCUCAGUCGGCUGCCUUGGCUCUACUCCAACUUCCGCGAGGACGAGUAUCGCAUUGCCUUUGGUGUCUGCUUCCGGUACCUGCAAGCUGUACGCGACCGCCGUAAGUCGGCCCGUGUGAGCCACUCCAGUGCAAGCGAUCAGAAUUCCGUCUCGGCGUAUAAUGGGUAUGGCCUGGGUGCGUUCGACUCACAUGGCCCCGAGGUGCCAAGCCAAACGCUGCCGCUGCAGCCGAACGCAUCCGACGACCUGCCCCAGUACGUGUACGCACUCGCCUACCACGUCCUUACGUUCUGGUUCCUGGCACUGCGUGUGACGGACCGCGCCAAAUACGUAACGUGGAUCGCGAGCCGCCUGUUCGUCGACAACGAUGGCAGCCAGGUCACAGACGAGCAGGCCCAGAUCACGCUCGACUUUAUGCAGCGCGUUGCAUUCUCCGAUGCGGAUGAGUCCGCCCCUGCUGACGAUCCGGACGUUGGAAGUGGACAAGAAGCGGCCGUUCCACGGAGCUGGGUUAUGGGGAAUAGCAUUCUCACCAUCCAGUUGGCCGCCAGUAAGGCGGGGCUCGCGCGGAUCACCAAACGCCAGCCGUCGGGCACGUCCUACUACACGAUCCAGGAGAAUCUUCAACCCCGGCCUCCACAUCAGACACGUGGUCUCAUCGACCCCAUGGUGAACAUCUCGAGCCAGGCACACCACAGCCAGCCUCCCAACCCCGUUCUGCCGAGCCAUUUGCUGGCCCAGCUGCUGGCGCCUGUGCCACAACAGUUCGACUCGCCGUUGCGGCCGAUCCCUCUACCCAACGACGACGUUGUCGAACGCGCGUUCCGGGCGUUUGAUCGCAACUCGACGGUGGAUGGGCACAAGGUUGGCGUGAUCUACAUUGGCGAGGGCCAGACGGACGAGGCGGAGAUCUUGGCCAACGUUUCCGGCAGCAGCGACUACGUCGAUUUCUUGAAUGGACUCGGCACGCUGGUUCGGCUAAAGGGCGCGACGUUCAACACACAAGGUUUGGACCGCGAGUUCGACACGGACGGUGCCUACACGUUUUGCUGGCGUGACCGCGUGACGGAGAUUGUGUUCCACGUGACGACCCAAAUGCCGACAGACCGCGAGCGAGACCCGAUCUGCAUCAGCAAGAAGCGGCACAUUGGCAACGACUUUGUCAAUAUCAUCUUCAACGACUCGGGGCUGCCGUUCCGCUUCGACACGUUCCCGUCCGAGUUCAACUACGUCAACAUUGUCAUCACGCCCGAGUCGCGGGCCUCGUUUGUGGCGCGUCGCGAGCUGUCCCUGCAGAAACAGCGGGAAGAUGAGAACGAGGCGCUGGCCCAAGAGCAGCAGCAGCAGCAGCAGCAGCAGGGCGACGACUCGCAACAGAAGCAACAGCAACAGCCGUCUCCGCGUCAGAAGCGGGCCAUGCCGUUCUACAAGGUGCAGGUCAUGAGCAAGCCCGGGUUCCCUGAGAUCUCGCCGGCCGCGCGCACAAAGAUCAUCAGCCUCAAAGCGCUGCCCGACUUUAUCCGGCUGCUCGCGCUCAACGCGUCGGUGUUCUCGCAAGUGUGGUCCACGCGGCAAGGCGGUGAACACAUUUCGUCGUGGCGCAACCGGCUGCGCCAGAUCCACCGCCUGCGCGAGCGCUACGGGCCCAGCGCGCUGGCUGCCGUGGCACCCUCACCGCCGCCAUCGUCCAUGGGGGGUGGCGAUGCUAGCGGGCCGAGUGGCGGUGCUGGUGGUGCUGCCGGCGCUGGUGCAAGCGGGCCUGGAGCUGCGGGCGGCGCCGUCGGCUCUGGCGCACCUGGCGCCGGCAGUGCUGUUGGAGCUAGCAACAGCUCUCUAGCAAGCGGUGUCGGCGCAUCGGCCGGCACGGGCACGAGCAACACAAUUGGCGGCAGCGGGCCCAGCCUGACGGGCGGCAACAGUAGUGCCGAGCAGCUGUCGCGUACGAGCGUGAGCGGCAUGCGCGACAGUUUCAACAGCCUGCGGCGGACGUCGAUGGCGACGUUCUUUACCGUGGCGGGCGGCGAUCCUAACAACCAGCGGUCGUCGGUACACUCGACAGCGACGGCAACUACGGCGUCGGAAAAUACAGACUCGACGGCUGUGAACGGAGGGUCGUCCGAAGUAUGGGUGGACUCGCUGGAUUUCUCCAAAUGGACGUAA